CCGCCCGCCGCUCUGUGGAAAACUCAAGGGGCAAGAUGGACCGAGUUGUCCUGCUGGUUCUCCUCGCAUCUCUUCUCGUUACAGGAUAUUCCCAAAGCAUGAGAAAUUGUGAACACGAGUCGGUGCCCGGAUCUAAAGAUGGACCUCAUGAUCUGGUAUGCUACUUCACAGGAGAUAUUAUAGAUGGCUUUAACUGCUCGUGGACUGCUGGAACUCGUCACACAAAUGCUACCCUCUACAAACUAAAUAUACAUUGGAAGUAUAUGGGGAGAAACGUUACAAUUUUUUCUGAUAUCACUGGUGUUCUUUACACAAUUCCACGAAAAAAACUUUACAUUUCAUCUAAUGCAACAAUAUGGGUGGAAACGAUGAAUAUGUGUCAAGCAUCGAAGUCCAUAACAUUGAUACCUGAGAAGUCAGAGAGACCAGAAGCACCGUCGAACUUAAACUAUUCUUGGAAAUCUGGACAGCUACUUCUGAAAAGGAAAGCUUCACAAAGAUAUCUGUAUCAGAUAGCGAUCGCAAAAGGUGGGACUACAGAUUGGCAACGGUUAAAUUUUACAGAUUCCGAAGCACUUCGUGGAUUGGAACCACAGUCUGCCUAUGAUUUUCAGGUACGCUGCAAAACCAUGGCAACCAGCAGCAUUUGGAGUCUGUGGAGCAAAACGUACCACGUUCCUCCAGAUCUAAACAAGCCACAGAUUUAUCCACCAGUCACUAAGCCAUUACAGAAAACAGGGAUACGUUCGGUUCUCUUACGUUGGAAGGGCAAGAUUGUUGAGAAAGUCAUUUUCAACCAACUCAACAACUUUAUGUAUGAGAACAGUAUUCUAGAAAAGUCUCAGUCAGGUUUUAGAGCAAACCACAGCGCGGAGAAGGCCCUUACCAAAAUUGGCAGUGACCUUCGUCUCAGCACCAAUGCCAAAAGAGUCUCAGUUCUAAUUCUUCUAGAUCCAAGUGCUGCCUUUGACACAAUUGACCACAACAUUCUCCUAUAUCGCCUUGAGAAUUGGGUUGGCCGAUCUUAUGGUGCCCUUAAUUAG